UUAAGUUUUAUUGGCAAACAAAACUAAAUAUCAGUGUGGAAAAUGUCAUGUUUCGGACAAGCAAAGAAGACUCCAACCAUGGCAUCGCCAGAGGUGUCGAGAGUGGAAAUUGCAGUGCCCAGAAUUAGAAGACACAGAUCCUGCACGAUUGCCAUCUGUCAGUGGUUCAUCUACAGUCUCGUCAGCGCGUGUCUGGCCCUCAACGUCUCAGACAUGUUCAUCUAUGCCAAAACCAUCUCGAAGGUCAGUGGCUGUGGCCGUUGCAUCUUUCUGCAUUACCAAAUCAUCCUCAUGGUCGUCGUGGUGCUGGUCAUGUUCCUGCUGUGCGUGGUGGCUGUGGUGGUGCUUAAGCAGAGCAUCCAUGGACUGCGCAUUUUCGUAAUGCUGCUCUUUCUGGCCACCUGGCUGCAAAUGAUGAUGAUUGUGCUGCUGACCCAUGAGUAUCCGCUUAUUCACGACAUUGAAAUUCUUUGGAAGCGCCACAAAAGUUUGGAUUAUUACGAGAGAAAUUUUGAAUGCUGCGGCUUGACGGGACCCAAUGAUUACGUCUUCAACAGCGACCAGUUGCCCAGCAGCUGCUUUAAGGAUAACAGCAUGCUGACCCGCGAUCUGUACAAGUCUGGCUGUGCCACCAAGAAGAGCCAGCCCUCGGACCUGGCCAUCACCGAGCUGGUAACAAUCGUGUGUCAGUACCUUCUGAUUGUGGUCUUGCUCUGCCACAAGAAAUAUCUGAAGCGCAAUCUGGUGCCCGUUCGCUCCCUCAGAACACUGAAUGCCGCGCGUCUCCAUCUCCCAUCGUAAAGGCAAAAUUGCAUUUGAAUUUGGUUUGGGGAUUCGUUUUUGGUCUGACAAAUUGGAUUGAAUGUCUCAUAUUUCACCAGCUGCAAUCAAUAGCGAUAAACACUCGAGUCUCCCCACUUGAGUCGCCAGCCGAAAGGGAUUCAAUGUCCACUGUCCAAUGUCCACUGUCCACUGUCCGGGCAUGCAUAUGGAUGAGCCAAUAAACAAAUCAACAAAGCAUGUCGAGGCGAUUGAAAAAGUAUUGCCAGGGAUUUGUACAUGGACACGGAGACACGGAAACAGACACAGAUUGAGCUCGACAAUCGCAACAAUAUGCAAAUGCAGCUAAGCGGCAACAAAUAUUCAAGGACAAAGCAACACACAACCCAUUCCCAUUCCCAACCCAUUCCCAACCCAUUCCCAUGCCCAUUCCCACUCCUUUCCCAC